UGACGGGGAUGUCAGGAACAAAUUGAUAAGAUUUCCAUGAGAGUACAAUUUUCAAAAAACAAUUUAAUUCCUUACCUAAAAUGUUAACAUAUGACAAUAAAAUUAUUCUUGCACCAAUGGUACGCAUUGGAACUCUUCCUAUGAGACUUUUAGCGCUGCGAUAUGGUGCAGAUAUAGUGUAUACAGAGGAGUUAAUAGACUGGAAGUUUUUGCGAUCAAAGCGAAGAUAUAAUGAUAUAUUGAAGACUGUAGACUACAUAGAUCAAUCAGAUGGCACUGUAGUGUUCCGCACAUGUGAUGAAGAGAAAGACAAGGUUGUACUGCAACUUGGCACUUGUGAUGCUGAAAGAGCCCUGAAAGUUGCCAAAAUGGUAGAAAAUGAUGUUGCUGCUAUUGACAUCAAUAUGGGAUGCCCAAAAGAAUUUUCUAUAAAAGGUGGAAUGGGUGUUGCUCUUUUAGAGCAAACCGAUAAAGCAUAUGGAAUAUUGAAAACAUUGGUAACUAAUCUUUCUAUACCAGUUACUUGUAAAAUAAGAAUAUUUCAAACACCUGAAGAAACUUAUAGUGUGGUAGAAAAACUCGUUAGUUCCGGAAUUAAGGCAAUUGCGAUUCAUGGUAGGACACGGACAGAGCGUCCACAACAUGCAGUCCAUACUGAUGUUAUUCGGUUUAUAGCUGAGAGAAUAUCAAUACCUGUCAUUGCAAAUGGAGGUUCUAAAGAAAUAGAAAAGUACACAGACAUUUUUAAAUUUAAGGAAAUGACAGGUUGUUCAAGUGUUAUGCUUGCACGGGCGGCUGAAUGGAACUGCUCCAUAUUUAGAAAAGAAGGUCUUUUACCCAUGGACACUGUUAUUAAAGAAUAUCUUAAACUUGCAGUUGAAUAUGAUAAUUCCCCUUCAAAUACAAAGUAUUGUGUGCAAAAUAUAUUGAGAGAUUUGCAAGAGACACCUAGAGGUCGAAAGUUUUUAGAAUGCCAAACAAUGGACCAAAUAUGUGCCAUUUGGGAUUUAGAAGAUUAUUGUCAGGAAAAACAAUCAAACUAUCACAAGUUGGGAAUACAAGGCAGAUGGCAGGUCACCCCAAGUGAAUUAGAGCCACCAUACAAAAAGCAGAAGUCAGAUGAAGUAUGUUUAGAUGAUGUAACUCAAAUGAAGGUAUGCUUUAUUCGCGCAAACUUUAAUGAUCUCAACCUGCCUAAAUCACAGUUACAUACAUGGGCUGGUAAAAAAUCCUACAAACUACCUAUAUACGAGACUCAACAAAUUGAAAAAUUGUUUCGCACAAUAAUAACAUUUAAUGGUAAAAAGUACACAUCCACAUUUUGGGAGAAAAAUAAGAAGUUUGCAGAACAAGGAGCAGCACUAGUUUGUUUAUACCACAUAGGGGUACUUACUGAGGAAGAUUUGAUCAAGUUUGGUAGUAUAAUAAAAUAAAAGUAUUGA